UCUCUGGCUUUCCGAAAUUUAAACUCUUCUCUCCCUUCUCGUUCUCUCUCAAAGCUCCUCCUCUGUUUUAAGCAAUUCUUGUGCGGCUGUGCCUUCAAAAGAUUUAUAGUUCUAUCCAUGGAGACCUCUAACGAAGAUGUUUCUUCUGCUCUCUAUCUAAUCAAGCUUCACCUACUUGGUGAGGUAUCUUCUGUGGCUCUGCCCUGCUUAUCUAAUUCAGACACUGAGGUUUCGUCCUCUCAAUCUCUCUGUUCCCAAACUUCGAGUUCCAACUCCCCCAUGGCGGUCACUAACUUUUCCAGCUCCAACGACCUCUUCGACUCUUUUACCUUCCAGCAUAAUGAAACCGACUUCUUCGGAUUCCGGAAAAGUAUGUGCCUCGCUACGCCUAAAUCCCACCAUUCGAACAACGAUUUCUUUCAAUUCGAAGCCAAUCCCAAAACCCAAACUUCGAUCUCGUACUCCCAAUCAACCCGUGAUUACUAUGCAUUAGAAUCGAAACCGCAAACAAAUCGGACGAAACCCUCGCUGGAGAUCUCGCUUCCGAGCAAAAGCAACGCCAAGUGGAUCCAAUUGGGCAAUCCCAAUCACCAGCCGGAUGCAUCAUUGCUCUCCUCCGUAGAGCAAAAUGCGAGUCUCGAAGCCAAAAAGCACUACAGAGGAGUCAGACAAAGGCCUUGGGGAAAGUACGCGGCGGAGAUCCGAGACCCUAACCGGCGCGGCUCGUGUGUAUGGCUAGGGACCUUCGACACGGCUAUAGAAGCCGCCAAGGCCUAUGACCGAGCCGCAUUCAAGCUCCGUGGUUCGAAAGCGAUCCUCAACUUCCCACUCGAGGUCGGGAACUCGGAUACAACCCCAGAGUCUGGCGAGAGAAAACGACAUCGUGAGCAGGAGGAAGUGAAGGUAGUGGUCGUCAAGAAGGAGAGGUCGACGGAAUCGAAGAAUACGACCGGUACUUCUUCCACGGAUGUCCCAUUAACGCCGUCUAAUUGGAAGGCGGUAUGGGACGGUGAUCUUCAAGGGAUUUUCAGUAUUCCGCCAUUGUCACCGUUAUCUCCUCACCCAUCCUUAGGUUAUCCGUAGCUUACGGUCAUAUGAAUGUUUGGACUUUGAACUCCCACACGUCGCCGUAUUGAUUAUUUUAUUAUUUAUUUAUUAAUGCGAUGUACAUACGACGAAGUUUACCGAGAAGGAUUGUUUCAAAAGAAAACAAAGAAGGAUAAUGUUGUAAAAUAAUAUUGUUGUAAAUAAAUUGUAUGACCAUCUUGAAUUAGCCAUCAAAUGCAUAGUACUAGCAUAGUGAGUUGGCCGAUAUAUGCAUAGUGUAUAGUAUUAACAUAGUACUAGCAUAGUAAGUUGGCCGACAUAUGCAUAGUGCAUAGUACUAGCAUAGUGAGUUGGCCGACAUAUGCAUAGUGCAUACUGUU